UGCUCGGCGCCGAUGGCUCCGCCGGUGCCGUGCUGCCUGAGCGAGGAGGCCAAGCUGCAGAAGCGCGUCAACGAGCGCAUCGAGCGGCAGCUGAGCCGCGAGCGCUUCGAGGCUGGCCGCGAGAGCAAGUUCCUGCUCCUGGGGCCCGAAGAGGCCGGCAAGACGACCUUCCUCAAGCAGAUCCGCCUCAUCCAGGAAGGCGACGCGCGGGCCGACCGGGCCGAUCACGUGCGCAGCGUCUUCCAGGCGCUGCUGGGCGCCAUGCAGCGCAUCGUGCGCGCCAUGGACGCCCUGGGCAUCGCGUACAGCGACCCGUCCAACGCCGAGAACGCCAUGCUGCUGGCCGCCGUGCGUUGCGAGUCCCUCGAGCCGCCGCUCACGGAGCCGGUCUCCGAGGCCCUGCGCCGGCUCUGGGAGGACGACGGCGUGCGCGAGUGCUACGCCCGGCGCUCCGAGUACGGCGGACUGCCCCCGUUCCUGCCCGACGUGCAGCGGGUCACGCGGCCGGGCUACGUGCCGUCGCGCGAGGAUUACCUGCGCGUGCGGACGCCGUCCCGGGGCGUCUUGGAGUACGCCUUCCAGCUGGACGAGUUUCCCGUGCGCCUGGUGGACGUGGGCGAGCAGCGCUCCGAGCCCAAGAAAUGGAUCCACUGCUUCGAGGACGUGAGCGGAGUGAUCUUCGUGGCGCCGCUGUCGGACUACGACGACCCUGCCAAGAUGGAGCGGACCCGGGACCUCUUCAGCACCAUCGUGUCCAGCCCCUGGUUCGCCGAGUCGCACCUCCUGCUGCUGCUGAACAAGAAGGACCUGCUCGAGCAGAAGAUCGAGCGGCACCCGUUGGGGGCCUACUUCCCCGCCUUCCGGGGGCCUCCGGGAGACCCCAAGGCGGCCAGGGAGUUCCUGCGUCGCUUGUUCGCCGACCUCAAACCCGAGCGCCCGGUGUACUUCUUCUUCACGUGCGCCGUGGACACGGACGACGUCAAGUACGUGCUGCCCACGCUCCGCGAGAUCGCCUGCCUCCGGUCGUGCCCGAGCAGGGGCCGGCAGCCGUCCGACGCGUCGACGGCCAGCAACGCCGCUAUAAUGGUGGACGAACAUUACGAGGAAAUGUAG